ACCAUAACGCUGAAACAGACAGAAGAACUGAAAAGUCUGCAGAGCAGGAAAGUUGGAGUUUCCUCAUCAUGAGACACUCACAGAGAUACACAGAAGGUGAAAACCCAAGCAGAACCUGCAGGAUGUCAGCAGAGAGAGUAGUUCUGCUGGUUCUGGUCGGUCUGCUGGCUGCUGCUCUCAUCGUCAUCUAUAGACUCUCUUUUGCUGUUUUGAUGACGAACCAAACCGUCCAAACCCUGAAAGAGGAAAAUGAGGCUCUGCAGAGAAAUCAAGCAGCGUUUGACAGGAUUCACACCAAUCAGACUUUCCAAAGCCUGAAACAGGAGAAUGAAGCUCUGAGGAGAAAUCUGUCAGGUAAAUGUCCCCCAGCUCCAGCUCCUUCAACAUGUCAACCAGCUCCUGCGUUUCCUCCUCCAACUGCAGUAAAUAUGAAAAUCUCAUGUCUGAAAUGUGGCCCAGGCUGGGAGCUAAACCACAACAAGUGUUAUUAUUUCUCCACCACUAAAUCCUCCUGGAAUGACAGCAGACGCUCCUGCAUUAAUCUGGGAUCAGACCUGGUGAAGAUCGACAGCAGAGAGGAGCAGGCAUUUCUGGUGAGAAGAGUGGCCGACAUGAUGGCGUACAAUAAUGACAUGUUCUGGAUCGGACUGACGGACUCAGAUGUUGAAGACCGAUGGUCGUGGAUGGAUGGAUCACCUCUGGAGGAAAGUUUCAAUUUUUGGAGUUACACACCUGAUGACUGGAAAGGUUCUCGUCAACAACAUCCAGAGGGAGAAGACUGCGCAACAAUGGGGACAAAAGGAGAACCUGAAAAACAGAAAUGUUGGGCUGAUGUUUUCUGUUUUCUUCCUCAAAACAGUAUUUGUGAGAAAACUCCAGAAACAGGUCAAACAUUUUGUGUGUGAGGUUCAGUCCAGGCUACAAAACAACCAGUGAAAGAUCUAGAAGCUGAAAAGAUGUAGUUAAGUUACAAUAUGUCAGGUUCAUUUACAUUUCCCUCCUAGAUUAACUCAAACAUAAUUACUUUUCUGCUUUUUAACUUUUUUCUCAGUUCUCAUCAUAUUUCCAAUGAUGCAAAAAUAAAACAAUUUAAUAUUGAGACAGUAAUUUGAUGGUGAGAUUAAACAAUUUGUUUACAUGACUAAUGAAGAACAAUGUUCAAAAUGUGUAUCACUGUAAGUAUGAAAGAUGGUUUUAGAAAGCAGCAUGUUUUUGAUGCAAAGAAAAUUAUUUUUUAUAGAAAUUUCACCAUGUUUGUUUUGUUGACCUUCCUGUUUAUAUUUAAUAUUUUAAACUCACAAAUAAAGUAUUUUUAUUUCGUUUUGAGUUACAAUCUUGCCUGGUAAAUUCUGUACAAUUU